AUGGGGGGGUACGUGGAGGACGAGCGCGCGCAGGGGAGCGCGAGCAGCUGGGUGUACCGCGCGUGGGAGUGGGACGCGGUGGACGUGUGGGUGUACUUCAGCCACCACCUGGUGACCGUGCCGCCCGUCGCCUGGAGCAACUGCUGCCGCACCCACGGCGUGCAGGUACUGGGCACGUUCAUCACGGAGUGGGAGGCGGGAGCUGCAGUGUGUGGGCAGCUGCUCGCCUCGCCCGCCACGGCUGAGCGCGCUGCCCACCAGCUCGCCCUGCUCGCGCACUACCACGGCUUCCACGGCUGGCUUGUGAACAUAGAGAACCCAGUGGAGAAGGAGAGGGUGCCCACCAUGCUGCACUUCCUGAGCGCCCUCACCCGCCACAUGCACGCCCUCUCCCCCCACGCCCUCGUCCUCUGGUACGACAGUGUGACGGAGGACGGCGAGCUGAGGUGGCAGGAUGCGCUCACCCCGGCCAACCGCUGCUUCUUCCAUGUCUGUGACGGCAUCUUCACUAACUACUCCUGGAAGGACCCUGCUAACGUGCUGUCGUCUGUGGCCCUAGCGGGCAGGCGUGCGGGCGAUGUGUUCAUGGGGGUGGACUGCUUCCUCGCACCGGGCCGUGCUGCCAGGGGCUUUGCCACAGGCCAGGCCGUGGGCGUGGCGCUGCAGGGCAGGGCGUCCGCCGCCGUGUUUGCACCCGCGUGGGUGUAUGAGACUCGCCAGGGGGCCAGCUUUGACGCGGCACAGGAGAGGCUAUGGCACGGCAUCCGCACAGCCCUCCGCUCGCACCGCUCGCUGCACUCGCACCACCCCUCCGUGCAAGCUCAGCAGGGCGGGCAGGGGGAUGGGGCAGGGGGGAUGCAAGGGACAGAGGGGGUGCAAGAGGGGGACAGCGAGGCAGGUGGCGGGAUGAAUGGGGCGGGGGAGAGUGGGGAGCAGGGAGCUGUCGCGGGCACUGGUGUGUGUGCAGGGGACGUAGCAGGCGAGUGGGGCGUGGAGUGUGGGGAGGAGUGCGAGACUGGCUUCCCCAUCUCUCUGCCUCUCUUCACUGCCUUCGACCAGGGCGUUGGCACCAAUGUGUGGUUGGCUGGCCGCCAUGUGGCGAGCUCCCAUUGGAGCAACUUCUCUUGCCAGACCUUACGGCCGUCCCUCUCCUCCCCCUCCGCCCCCCCCUCCGCCUCCCCCAUCACAUGCCUGUUUCCCACGGCCAUCCACCCCUCCCCCUCCCACCUCACCCCCCUCACCACCUUCGUUAGUGAGACCCCACAUCGCCCGCGCCCCUCCCACACUGGGGAAUGCGGGAGGGAAGAGGUGGAUGGAGGAGGCAUGCAAGGAAGAGCGAGGGAGAGUGUGGGCGAGCGUGGGGCAGGGAGGGAGCACGGGGGAUCAGGGGGGGCAGUGUGGGAGGUGCGGGAAUAUGAAGUGCCGUGUGCAGCCAAUCGCGUGCUGACAGGUGUGCACGUGCUGCUGGUGGGUGUGGGCGAUAUGGGUGGUCUACCUGCUGGUGGUGCAGGAGCAACAGGCAGGGGGGGUGACAGGGAGCACACACCGCGUGUCACCGUGGGUAGGGAUGUGAUGCCUGAGGAACACACGAGCGCUGCUGAUUGGCUUGUGGAUGCGUGCAGGGCAGCAUGGAUCUUAGGGUCGUCGCUUGCAUCGCCCACUGUGGCAGGGGAUGGGGAUGGGGAUGGGGGUGGGGAUGGGGGUGGGGAUGGGGGUGGCGUGUGUGUGACAGCAGCAUGCGAGGCAGUAGGCUCAGCUGCGACCACCCUAGAGGGCGCAGAGGACAGAGAGGACAGAGAGAACACAGAUGCACAAGUCCCAGCAGAGAAAGCCCUUGCACAUGCUGCCCUGCCGUGCCCUCCCCCUGCUGUGCUGCCAGCAGCGGCAGCAGCAGCGGUGGGGCAUGUGCGCGUGGCAGCAGAGCCCGAAGCUGCGUGCGUGGCUCGGUGGAAGGGUGGUGAGUGCGGGCACGGGAAUGAGAUGAAGGGGAAUGAAGGAGGGAGCGAGGAGGCGUUCUUAAGCAUGGUGCUGCACUGGACGACAGGUGGUGGUGCCAUGGACUAUGAGAGUGCAGUCGAUGCCACGCUGCAGCAGCAGGAAAAUACCUGGAAGCUGUGCAGCGAUCAUGGACCGGCGGAGGACAGGAGGCGGAGCAAGAGAAGUUACCUGUCUCAGAUUCACCAGCAGCAACAAUGCUACCUACACUAG